AUGGGUUACGAUAGUCCAGCGAGGGAUCGAGGAUCUCGUGGAGGUUUUCGCGGAGGAGAUCGAGGAGGGUUCCGUGGAGGGGAUCGAGGGAAGUCCCCAAGUUUUAAGGGUGGAGACAGAGGUCGUGGUGGAGGUCAAAGAGGUGGUUUCGGGUCACCAGCGGGCAGAGGUAGAGGUGGCUUUGGGUCACCAGCGGGCAGAGGUAGAGGUGGCUUUGGUUCCUUUUCGGAUAGAGGAACCCAGCGAGGUGCUGUUAGGUCUUUUGGAUCAACAGCCGAACGCGGACGAGGUGGCGGAGGGCAAGGAUUCCGAGACCGAGGAUCUAGUUCAAAUAGAGGCCGUUUUUCUCCUAACAAUCGUGGCGGACGUGGUAGUUUCACUCCUCGUGGAAAUGGAUCACCAGGAUUCAGAGGUGGCAGAGGAGCACGUGGUUCUUUCAGUGAAAAAAGGAAACCCUUUCAUCAUGGGGACAGGGAGGAGGGAGGUCACAAAAAGAACUUCACUGCUCCUAAUACGCCGGUUGAUGCAAAAGAAAAGCAUAAAAGGUUUGAAGAGGAAGAAGAGGAAGAGGAAGAGCCUGAAAAGGUUACUGUAGUGAAGGAGAAGAAGAAGGCGAGUGCAAAGCCCUCGAAGGUUGUUCCUGAGGUAGAAGAAGACAGCGAGGAAGAGGACGAGGAUGAAGAAGAAGAUGAAAUGGAGGAUGACGAAGAGGAAGAAGAAGAGGAAGAGGAUGAAGGUAGCUCCCCCUCUUUGUUAUCAUGUUUCUUGUAA